AUGGCGGUCGUCCGUCGGUGGCUGGAGUCUCGUAAUACCUAUUGUCAAAAUGACUGGCUAGAUGCUUGCAUAAGUUUUGUGAAAGAAGACAAUGAGGUACGACAACUGGGGGUGAAUAAUUGUUGCAGCUGGCCCGUUUUUAAGUUUCAAUGAUGGGUGUAUCCGGUUACGUUUAAUUUUAACAAUCAAAUUACAGCAGCAUUAAAUAAUUUUUGAUUUGUAGGGAACGUUGUCUCCUGAUCAACUGAACGAACUUGUGUAUGAGCAGUGGCUGAUGGCUGAAAUUCAGGAAUCCAGUCGUCCUUGUCUUCCAGAAGGCCUUGAGAACCAGGAUAUUUGUAAACUCGAGGGGACUUUCAAUCUUCAGGUUACAGAUGAUACAUCACAAUUUUGGCAUGAUUUUAUGAAUAAAUAAAAUUAAUUAUUACUUUGAGUAGUAAUUAUGAUGUUUGUCAUUAAUAAUAUGGUUUAUCAUGAAAGGGAUAAACUGUUUUCAUGCUUUAGUUGGCUAGAAGGAUAAGAUUUUAAAACUUGAAAGAGAAAAGAAGUUUGGUUGAAGGUUGUGUCACUGAAGGCUUUAAACGGUGACCCUUGUGUAGAUUGUAGUAGAGACCUCUAUUCUUGACCGUGUUUUGCAUAUAUAAUAGAUAUUACUAGAGUUCACUUGUCAAAAAUUAUUCACACUACACACGUAAAUCAUGCUCUGCUAAGGUGUACACCCUGUCAGAUCAAUCUUCCAGGCUUUAGGUUGGGAGAGACAAUUGCCAGGAUCCUAACUAGAGAAUUCUUACCCUGUAUGAGACCAAUUCAAGACCCAGAAAUUUUACUCUGUUCUGCAGCACAUACAGUUUCAUUCCAUUAAGGGAGAGGUAUACAUCUCCAUCUUUCUUAUAACAAGAAAUUAGUGUUGAAUCGAAAUGGCAACUUUUACCUGAUAAGUUUGAGUAUUCUCAUUACCUGUUUGCAGGAUACUGAAAGGAUCUUAUAAGGACAAGUUGCAUGUUUUAAAAUUACUUUUAAGACCCCCACCCAACCCAAGUCUCUUUCCAUUCAUUUUGAGGAAGGGCCAACACUCGAAACGUCAGCUUUCGAAACUCUGAACAGAGGCCAAUUUAUGUUUUUUAACUCAGUUGAUAAUACUAAAUUACUCUACAAUAAUUAUCAUUUGAUACUAGCUGAGAAGUAACAGUUUUUGUGAAGGAAAGUUAUUUCGUAGCAUUGAUUUUACAUUCUCAUGGUCUCGCAGAUUAACUCAAUCCUUAAUGUUGGAGAAUCAGCAUAUUCUCAAAUUCAGAAACUUAAAGGUCAAGAUGACCCUCAAGAGCUGAACUUCAAAGCAAAUGUAAGCAUGGUUUUAAAAUGAAAAAAAUUUGGCUCAUACAUAUGGUCUUACUGUGCACUUUUGAACAUCUCUUACUGUUAUAAUCCUUACUUGUUUACUUUUAGCCCUUAGAACCAAAGAUAAAACCGAGUCGAAUGUUACUGCUUGAAAUAACAGAUGGAAAACAGACUGUAUUUGGAAUGGAAUAUCAACAGAUUCCAUCCCUCGCAUUCAACACACCUCCUGGAUCUAAAGUAAAAACUUGAAUUUUGAUUUUUAACCUGUGCUACUUUGUUUGUUGGGCCUAACCUCAGUGAUAGGGCCACUAAUCCUGAUGCUAUUUCAGACCAUAACAUGCCACUUUUUUCCCCAUGUUUGUGACAACCAUUAAAAUCUUUCAACACCAUGACUGUUGUUCUUCUCUCUUUAAAGAUACAAGUGAGUGGUCCCCUAACUUAUAGACUUGGAGCCCUCCUACUAACGCCCAGCAAUGUCAAGGUAUUAGGUGGAAGUAUUAUGCAUCUGAUAGAAGAAAACUCUUACUGGAACAUGCUGCAUCAAGCCAUGUAAGUCUAAUGCUAUCCUUUUGGAUAGGAUAUCUUAGUUGUAAUUAGUGGUGUACUAAGUAUUCCUAUUUGUUAAUUAUCUAUGCAGUUAUAACAGUUUCUGUGACUUGCUUAAAACUAUAUCAUAGCCCCAGCUUCCACAUACUUUUUCUGUAGUUGGUGAUCCCCCAACAAAAACAACAAAUGAGUUUAACUACAGAUGGACUUUGUGGUCCAAGUUAAAAAAUCUGAAACUAUUUUCUCAUUUAAGAUGUAAAGGAUAGCAGAAAUUUUUCUUCUUUCUUUUAGAGGGCAAGAUCCACCUAGAAAACCAGAUGGCAUAAAAACAGAAGCUAUCACCAUUGAAAUGCACACUGUUGAUCAGAUGACUGUUCAAGAUAACUCAACUGCUGAUAUUACAACCCUAAGGGAUUCAAGAACUCUGGUGAAAAGAGAAACAAACCAAAGAAAUUUUAGUGCUGGGGGUCUUACCAGCAACAACAACAAUCAAAGAGGGAACACAGGAAGUGAAAACCAAUACAAAGGGAAAUCAAAACAACUGGGACCCAAUGGACCUAAAGUGGUUCAAAGUUGCAGUAGAGAUCUUCAACAGUUUGGUGCUGUUGAUAAAUUGAAAAAUGUUUGCAAUGAAGAAUUUUUUGAUGAUGACAAUGACUUAUUAGCAGCUGUUGCUGACAAUGAUUUCUUUGGGAUUGAGGAGGACUUUGACAUGGAACAAAUAGAUCAGCUUGAAAAAGACAUGCAAACCUCAGCAAGCACAACAGCUAAUAAAAGUAUUCCAGUGAAGUUGAACAUGAUCCCCAGUGAAAUGCUAUGUUAUGAUGCGAUCUUUGAUGAUGACUUUGUUGAUGAAGAUAUAAUGGCAAAUGAUUCAAAUUCCAUGGAAAUAAAACCUCUUCAUGAGAGAAUUUUUAAUGGAGAAACUAUAGGAAAUGUGCAUACAUCAAAACAAGCAAGUAUAGCAUCAAACAGUUCAUCAACAAAAUUUAGCAAUCAUGCUAAGAAAUCAAGCAAUUUUAACAGCAAUAUUGCUAUGUCUAGAAAAUCAGAUGGCAAUACAUGGAGACCAAGCAAUGAACAAUCAAAUUCCUCAGACAACAUGAAAAGAGGAUUCAUGGGUGAAAAGAAUAAUCCAAGACAUGGAUGUGUUCCUCUUGUCAAACGUGAGCCAGUCGACAAGACCAAAGAUUUAGAGAUGAAGAGAAAUCCAACAAAUACUAACAGUGAUCAUUUGGCAACAAAAAGACUUACAUUCACCAAGUCCUCUGGUGUUCUAAUAAAUAGAGAACCAGAUAAUGAGUUUGACAAUGAUGCCUCUUCUACUGAGUUUGGUGGAAAUCAACACCUGAGUGCUUUUACACAAGGUAACAUGUAGAGGAUGUAUUGGAGAUUUGUGAGUCAUAAAAAUGCUUGUAGCUUGCCCAAUUCAGAGCUCUUUCAACUCUGUGCUCUUAACAUUUGAGUGCUGCUUUGGAGUUGCUGCAUUUCCUUGUAUAGAGCUACAAGUUUUUGUAAAACAAAAAUUAUCUAAGUCAUUCUGCAGAAAGUAGUCAUCAGCAUUAUUCUUACUCAGCUCACCUGCUUGAUGUAUUGCAUGGGAUGUGGUUGCUGAAGGAAUAAGGGUGUACAGCAACAGUGGGUGUGGUCAUCACUGAAGAGCAAAGUUGCUCUAUCCAAGGCAAACUGAUAACAUGAUAGUUUUGAAUCAAAUGCCCACAAAUCAAAAUGUAACUUGCUUUUUUAAACUAAUGGUUGUUUAUUUACAAACAAUUACAGAUCUGCAAGAUAGUUCUGCUCCAUUUAAGUACUUAUCAGAUGUGUUGAAACAUGCCCCUCACAAUGAGAAUCAGACUGUCAGAGUUAAGGUUGGUAUUGAAAAUAAGUACUUAUUGGUGUGCUUGAGCCUAGGUUAACUGCAAAUUCUAAUGGGAGAAAUGCAGAGGCAUAAAGGUUCUUUAUGUGCUGAAUUACAGAUUAAAAGAUGCAAAUACCAUGCAAGAUUGCGUCGUGACAAAAAUUUAGUCAGCACUCAAACGAAAUAGUUCAUCCAGCUGGUGCUUGUCUCAGUUUCUGUAGUAUGAAGUAAUUGGGAGUAUUGCCACAAUAACCUCACCAGGUCUUGAAUCAAGGUAUCUCAACUCAAGGUUCAGUGUGCCAACUGUUUCACCACCACAUAUCCUCUUGGGAAAGAUAUAGCACUUUUGUAUGCUUACUGGUAUAAAUGGUUUCUGUCAGAUUGUUAGGGAAAAUCAAAAAUUUGGGGGGAAGGGAGAGAAACUAGACUUGCUUCUCAUUCUGUGGACCUAUAUUUUUUCCUAGUUUCUUUAUGCAACAGAAACUAGGAUGAGGUCCAGCAGAGUGGAAGAUGACUCUUCGGCAAGAGUUUACUUGCUGCUUAGUUUUAGGUAAAGGUGGUAAAGGGUUUUGUUUAUAGUUUUCAGGUGAAUAUUUCCUUGUUGAAGUGCUGAUCACGUCAUGUACUGUUGUCAACUUUCACCUUUGUUUAACUGUAACAUAGGCUUACAUUGCAACAUUGCUAUCUCGUCCAAAUCCCAUGUCAACCCAGUGGAAUAUUACUGUAAAACUCAAUGAUGGAACAGCAACUGUGGAUGCUUUGCUGAGUGAAAAGGUGAGGAAAUGUGUUUCAAGUUGUUCUUGUGUAGUUAAUUUUCAUGCCUUGUGAUUGUUUGAUAAAUAAUGAAAAAGCCUGGAUGGAAACUCACAGAAAACUGGAAAAGUGCUGUGAACAGCCUUCACUGAUCUGAUAUCCCAUCUAGAAAGAGUACCAGGCUACAGAAACCAAACCUGUGUACAUUUCAUCUUAAGUUUUUUUCAUUUUGUUUUUAUUCCCAGAUCUUGACACAACUAUUGGAAUAUCCAAUAGAUGAAUACAGAGUAAGUGCAAUUCAGGCCAGAUGAUUUCCAAUUGAGUGUUGAAAGUUAUUCGUGAUUACUGUUGUUUUCCUUUACAUCACUCUGAUGAAGUUUGUGUCACUCUCUCAACCAAUCAUACUCCAAGCUAAAAACCAGUUGUGUCUUGUCAGCUUCUUGGACAUCUGCUCUUCCCAUGCUUUUGAGUUCUCACUGGCCAGUGAUCAUGUGAACCCGGGUUAAUGAUUCAGUCUGUCUCCAGCUUAAUGUGCCCCUUUUGUCCAAGGUUUAAAUUUUCAGGGUAUGCAUUUCUGGGUCUCUACGUUUUGUUAUGGUUAAGUGAGUAAAGUCCUUACCAUAGUUUUUUUUUUACAUGCUAUGGCUUACUGUCCUCAUUUGAUACAUUUGUAGCUGGAGAUUCAAGAGGCUAUGAAAAGCCGCAAUCCAGCUCUAUGCCAGAGAUUACAUAAGGUAUAAAAACUUUACUUUUUUUUCUUCUAAUUAACAGAACAGGAAGGGGUAAACCAUUUGUCCUUUCCUAAGAAAGGUGGUGGUGGUAACAAAUGAGGACAGCUAAAAACAUACUGCAAUGUUGAUGUUAUCUCUUGAAACUAGUUUAUAAGGCCUUUUCCUUUUCAAAAAUUUGAUAGACGCUCCUAAUUUAUUUGCUGUUGCUUUUCAAGAAAGGGUUAGUAAAAUUAUUUUCCCAUCAACUUGUAACAAUAACGUCAACUAUCUUAAAAACUCCAGAGUUUUAAAAUGAAAUUCGUGUUGGAAAAGGUCUGUUUCCUUGGAAUGAGAGAUUGUAUAAUAAAUUCAUUACUACCAUCUACUGAUGUUUGUUCCUUUCUCCUGUUUUCUUCAGAGAACGCAGCAAUUUGAAAGGAACUUGGCUUCCGCUUCUGGCUUGAUGGAUAUACAGUUCUCAGCGGACAUGCCCUUGCCAUGUGUUCUCAGCCUAAUUCAGCCAACUUCCAGAGACGUUGCAGAAAUGAUUCGUUGCGUUAGAGUAACUUUUUAGUGUCGGAUCUUUUUCGUAUGGACAGUGUGUGUAAAUUGAUUGUCACAAUAUAGAACUAUUUUUAACUAUAACAACACAGCAUUCUACAGCUAAAAUUGUGGGCAUUGGCUCCUGUACAUAUGCCAACCAAAUUUUACUGUAACGAGCCUUUAGUUCGCAAGUGGAAGAAUAACAGUCAAAUUUUUACCACAUAUUCAACAAGGG